UCUUGAAGUUUUUGGGAUUUAUGUGGAAUCCACUAUCGUGGGUGAUGGAAGCCGCAGCUAUCAUGUCUAUCGCUCUUGCACGUGGAGGGGGCAAGCCUGCUGAUUAUCAUGAUUUCAUAGGGAUCAUCGUUUUGCUUGUUAUAAAUUCGACCAUAAGUUUCAUUGAAGAAAACAAUGCUGGAAAUGCAGCAGCUGCUCUUAUGGCUCGUUUAGCUCCUAAGGCCAAGGUUCUUCGUGAUGGAAAAUGGAGCGAAGAAGAUGCAUCUGUGUUGGUUCCAGGCGAUAUUAUCAGUAUCAAACUUGGAGAUAUCAUUCCUGGUGAUGCCCGUCUUUUAGAAGGCGAUCCUCUUAAAAUUGAUCAGUCUGCACUCACUGGAGAAUCACUUCCUGUGACCAAGAAUCCGGGAGAUGGUGUUUACUCCGGUUCUACUUGUAAACAAGGAGAAAUUGAGGGCAUCGUGAUUGCAACUGGUGUUCAUACCUUUUUCGGGAAAGCAGCUCAUCUUGUGGAGAACACUACUCAUGUUGGACAUUUCCAAAGGGUCUUAACUUCGAUUGGGAACUUCUGCAUUUGCUCAAUUGCUAUCGGUAUGCUAAUUGAGAUCAUUGUGAUAUAUGGUAUUCAUCAAAGGGAAUAUCGUGUUGGAAUCGAUAAUCUACUUGUUCUACUCAUUGGUGGGAUACCAAUCGCUAUGCCUACAGUUCUUUCAGUCACCAUGGCCAUCGGUUCACAUCGCUUGUCUCAGCAGGGUGCAAUUACAAAAAGAAUGACCGCAAUUGAAGAAAUGGCGGGGAUGGAUGUGCUGUGUAGUGACAAAACUGGUACACUAACACUGAACAAGCUUACGGUCGACAAAAAUAUGAUUGAGGUCUUUGCAAAAGGUGUUGACAAGGAUAUGGUUGUUUUAAUGGCUGCACGGGCUUCAAGGCUAGAGAACCAGGAUGCAAUCGAUGCUGCUAUUGUUGCAAUGCUUGGAGACCCCAAGGAGGCCCGAGCUGGGAUUCAGGAGGUCCAUUUCCUACCUUUCAAUCCAACUGACAAAAGGACAGCACUUACAUACACUGAUAAAGUUGGUAAAAUGCACAGAGUUAGCAAAGGUGCACCCGAGCAGAUACUCAAUCUUGCACAUAACAAAUCCGAAAUAGAGAAAAAAGUACAUUCUAUAAUUGACAAGUUUGCUGAGCGGGGGCUUCGGUCUCUCGGAGUUGCUCGCCAGCAAGUGCCUGCUGGAAACAAAGAAAGCCCGGGUGGCCCGUGGGAGUUUGUUGGUCUUCUACCACUCUUUGACCCUCCACGACAUGAUAGUGCUGAGACUAUCAGGAGAGCAUUAGAUCUUGGUGUAAGCGUGAAGAUGAUAACUGGUGACCAACUGGCGAUUGGCAAGGAAACUGGAAGACGGCUAGGAAUGGGGACGAACAUGUACCCAUCUACGGCUUUGCUUGGUGACAAUAAGGAUGGUUUUGGAGGUUUGCCUAUUGAUGAACUCAUCGAGAAAGCUGAUGGUUUUGCCGGUGUCUUUCCCGAACAUAAAUACGAGAUAGUUAGGAGACUACAAGCUCGAAACCACAUCUGUGGAAUGACGGGUGAUGGUGUGAAUGACGCACCUGCUCUAAAGAAAGCAGAUAUUGGUAUCGCUGUGGCUGAUUCCACUGAUGCAGCUCGUAGUGCUUCUGAUAUAGUUCUGACCGAACCUGGAUUGAGUGUAAUUAUAAGUGCAGUCUUAACUAGCCGUUCAAUUUUCCAAAGAAUGAAGAAUUACACGAUAUAUGCAGUUUCCAUCACUAUUCGAAUUGUGUUGGGUUUUAUGAUGCUGUGCGUUUUUUGGAAAUUCGAUUUCCCUCCGUUCAUGGUUCUUGUUAUAGCUGUCCUUAAUGAUGGUACAAUCAUGACAAUAUCUAAGGAUAGGGUAAAACCUUCUCCAAUUCCUGACAGUUGGAAGCUUACUGAAAUUUUUGCAACCGGUGUGGUUCUUGGCACUUACAUGGCCCUAAUGACCGUUGUUUUCUUUUGGUUAACAUAUGAAACUAACUUCUUCCCGAACACGUUUGGCGUCAAGGACUUGAACUCAAAUCACCGUGACAUGAAAAAUGAAGCCGAGUCAAAACCGCUUACAGAAAUGAUGGCAUCAGCCAUUUAUCUUCAAGUCAGCACCAUAAGUCAGGCAUUGAUCUUCGUGACCCGUUCUCGGGGUUGGUCUUUUACUGAGAGGCCUGGUCUUUUGCUUGUAACUGCUUUUAUUAUUGCUCAACUGGUGGCAUCAAUUAUAUCAGCAACUGUUACGUGGGAACUAGCUGGAAUCCGAGAGAUUGGGUGGGGAUGGACCGCGGUGAUCUGGUUGUUUAACAUCUUGACUUACUUGUUACUUGAUCCUAUUAAGUUUGCUGUUCAGUAUGGGCUCAGUGGAAGAGCCUGGGGUUUGGUUGUGGAGAAAAGGACUGCAUUUACAACAAAGAAGGACUUUGGGAGGGAAGCUCGUGAGGCAGCAUGGGCAAUAGAACAACGUACAUUGCAUGGACUUCAACCCGCAGAGCCAAAAACGUUUUAUGAGCAAGGAACAUUCAGAGAGAUUAGUCUCAUGGCAGAUGAAGCUAGACGACGAGCCGAAAUCUCAAGGCUAAGGGAGAUUCAUACACUUAAGGGUAAAGUUGAGUCUUUUGCUAAACUAAGAGGACUGGACAUUGAUGCAAUGAACCAACACUACACAGUUUGAUCAUGGCACCCAAUAUUUUCCGUUGCGACUCUUUUUUCUUCUUUCUAAUUGGAUGAAGAAUCCUUAACAUAAUUCCCCUUUGUCGGAAUUGCAGAUGUGAACCAGCGUAUUGCUAUUUAAUUUUUGUUUCUCUUCUUAGAUAAUUUAAAGUUCUUUCUAUACGAAUAGUUGCUUUUGAUCAAGAUAAAGAAAAUUAUUUUGAAAGUGUAUGUUACUAUAGACUUACUGAACCUUUCAAGGGUAUUUAAGCAUGCAUUAUUUUCGAUUUAA